AUGUAUCCGCUUCCCGAAAUUCCCUGUUCCCUACCUGACAUCAAUAUUCCCGAGUUGGAUAUCUCCAAAGUCACAAACAGCUUGGUCGAACAAUUGCAAAACCUAGAUCAGGAUUGCUUUGUCGGCGAUGCCAUUUGGAGGGACUCCUUUGCCAUGACCGGAUCACUUCGUACAUUCUACACGUCAGAAUCAGUCUGUACCGCCUGGAAGGCAACCGAUGCCAGAGUCAAGGCAUUCGGGUUCUCAAUAACCCCAGACACUGCCAAAACUACUCGACUGGCGGCGAAUAUUUCAUGGGUCGAUGUAGGUUUCUCUUUCCAAACAAAGGGUCCACCUGAGACUACAUGCAGUGGGACUGCUUCCCUUGUUCCAGACGCGCAGGGCAACUGGAAGAUUUGGGUUCUUUGCACGAUCCUCGAGCAAUUGACCGGCGAGAAUAACGUGGAUCUGCUUGAUCCGCCUGAAGACAGCCCAUUGAACGGAUUAUCCAAAGGCUCCAACCCAACAGAUUGCUAUGACUGUAUAGUGGUUGGUGGAGGACAAGCCGGGCUAAGCUGUGGCGGUCGGUUGCAGGCAUUAUCCAUGUCCUAUGUCGUUCUAGAUGAGAAUAAUGAGGUUGGAGAUAGUUGGAACACUCGUUACGACUAUGUGAAAUCACAUCUCCCCUUUGAUCGAACUUUCCCAGACACCUAUCAGAGAUUUCUCACGAAGAAGGACUUGGCGAAAGGGUACCAAGACUGGGUUGCAAAAUUCGGAAUUAAUAUAUGGCAGCAGACCACCCUUCGUUCCGGAAAGUGGCACGAACAAGAAAGUGUUUGGGAGUUGAACGUCGAGCGAAACGGAGAAGCCCAGAAGAUGUUUUGCGCCCAUGUGGUACUAGCUAAUGGAGGAGCUCAGAUACCUGCAUCUCCAAGCUACAAGAAUCAGGAGAGCUUUGAAGGUACCAUUCUGCAUUCAGCGGAAUACAAGUCAGGGGUACCAUGGGUAGGAAAACAUGGGAUCGUGAUUGGCACGGCGAAUACAGGCCACGACAUCGCGGAAGACAUGUUAGACGCAGGUCUGGCAUCAGUAACGAUGGUUCAGCGAUCCCCGACAUAUGUUGUCCCAGCCGACCACAUUAAUACAUUACUUGACCCCUACUACAAUUCCUCGGUGCCAACGGAAAUCGCUGAUCGCAUUUAUCACAAUAUGCCCCUUGCUGUGACCAGAUUGGUUUAUCAGACAGUUUUGCAUGCCAUGGCAAGCCAAGAAUCCCAACCUUUUGAUGGUCUUGAAGCCGCUGGUUUCAAGACCGACAGAUAUGGAGAUAUAGUGCAUAAUCUUUACGAGCGUUCCGGGGGACACUAUAUGGAUGUAGGUGCAUCACGAAAGAUUGGGGCUGGCCUGAUCAAAGUGAAGUCAGACGCGCUGCCAACUGAGUAUACCAAAGAUGGACUGAGAUGCAGCGACGGUGAUCAUUUGAAAUCAGAUAUCAUCGUUUUUGCAACUGGGUUUGUUUAUGACAUGCAAAAGACGGUAGGAAAAUUUUUCGGAGAGGAGAUUGCAUCUCAGGUCGACGGCUUUUGGGGUCUGGAUGAAGAGGGCGAGCUCAAAGGCGCAUUCAAGCCUACAGGGCAUCCUGCCCUGUGGUACAUCGGCGGGCCAUGUAGUCAUGCUCGGUACUACUCACGUUUCAUAGCCCUGCAGUUGAAGGCUUUGCUCACCGGAGAACCCCUGCCUAUAUAUUGGGACAAAUUCCCGCUCGAAAAGCGUCCAAAUUCCAUCAACGUCGCUUAA